AUAAUACAAUAUCAUACGUAUUUUUAAACAUGCCUGAGGCGGCCAUUAGAAAUGUAUCUAGAAACAAAGGAAGCGCGUAUGUGGACCGGGACAAACCCGCCCAGAUUCGCUUCAGCAACAUCAGUGCGGGGAAAGCUGUCGCUGAUGCCAUCAGAACGAGUCUGGGCCCUAAAGGCAUGGAUAAAAUGAUUCAGGAUGGGAAGGGAGAUGUUACGAUCACUAAUGAUGGAGCCACGAUCCUUAAACAGAUGCAGGUGCUGCAUCCUGCGGCAAAGAUGAUGGUGGAGCUGUCUAAAGCUCAGGACAUAGAGGCUGGCGAUGGCACCACAUCAGUGGUUGUGAUCGCUGGAGCUCUUCUGGAUGCCUGUGCUAAACUGCUGCAGAAAGGAAUCCAUCCCACCAUCAUUUCCGAGUCGUUCCAGAAGGCGGUGGAUAAAGGGGUGGAGAUCCUCACAUCCAUCAGUCAGCCGGUUGAGCUGAGUGACAGGGAGACUCUUCUGAACAGCGCCACUACCUCUCUGUGCUCUAAGGUGGUGUCCCAGAACUCCAGCCUCCUCGCUCCAAUGAGCGUGGACGCUGUCAUGAGGGUCAUCGACCCCGCCACCGCAACCGGCGUCGACCUCCACGACAUCAAAAUUGUGAAGAAGCUUGGAGGGACCGUUGAUGACUGUGAGCUGGUGGAUGGUCUGGUGUUGACUCAGAGGGUGGUGAACACUGGAGUGUCCCGUGUGGAGAAAGCCAAAAUCGGCCUCAUUCAAUUCUGUCUCUCCCCUCCCAAAACUGAUAUGGACAACCAGAUUGUGGUGUCAGACUACGCUCAGAUGGACCGCGUGCUGCGUGAGGAGAGAGCUUACAUCCUCAACCUGAUCAAACAGAUUAAGAAAGCUGGCUGCAAUGUGCUUCUCAUCCAAAAAUCCAUCCUGAGAGAUGCUCUGAGUGAUCUGGCUAUUCACUUUCUCAAUAAAAUGAAGAUCAUGGUGUUGAAAGACAUUGAGAGGGAGGAGAUUGAAUUCAUCUGCAAGACUAUUGGCACCAAACCCAUUGCGCAUAUUGACCACUUCACCCCAGAGAUGAUGGGUUCAGCUGAGCUGGUGGAAGAGAUCAGCCUGGAUGGCUCAGGCAAACUGGUGAAGAUCACUGGUUGUGCUAAUCCUGGAAAGACUGUCAGCAUUGUGGUCCGCGGAUCCAACAAGCUGGUGAUCGAGGAGGCCGAGCGAUCCAUCCACGAUGCCCUCUGCGUAAUCCGCUGCCUUGUCAAGAAGAGAGCAUUGAUCGCUGGCGGUGGAGCACCAGAAAUCGAGAUGGCACUGAGGUUGGCAGAAUACUCCCGUUCUCUAGCUGGCAUGGAGGCGUACUGCGUGCGUGCAUACGCCGAUGCCCUCGAGGUCAUCCCCUCUACGCUGGCAGAGAACGCUGGUCUUAAUCCCAUCUCCACAGUAACAGAACUGCGUAACAGGCACGCACAAGGAGAGAAAACAGCCGGGAUUAACGUCCGCAAGGGUGGGAUCUCUAACAUCCUUGAAGAGCUGGUCGUUCAACCAUUGCUGGUGUCCAUCAGUGCCCUCACCCUCGCCACAGAAACGGUCCGCAGCAUCCUCAAGAUUGAUGAUCUUGUGAAUACCCGAUAAAGUUUGCAUGAAUGUCAUUACUGAAGGGCGUCGUGAUAGCACACCGCUAAGAAAAUGUCGCUUUCUUUAGCUGUUACCUUGAGUAAUUUAAUAAAACAUGUUUUUGACGCGAUAA